AUGUGGGAGAGUGUGCUAUCAGCUCUCGCGGCAUCGAGGGCGGUCCAGCGAACCAACGAAGACGUCAACCCACCUUCGAGACUGCCACUUCCUCGAGAACAGAAAAGCGCCGCCAUGCCACGAUCCCCAACGAACCCACCGAGCGACGGGCGCUGCCUGCUUUUUGAAGUCCUACCACCAGAACUACGCCUUCGCAUCUACGAGUGCCUCUGGGAGGACAAGCGGCGCGACCUCUUCUACUCCAAAGUAAACAGAUCCCGGGUGUUCAUGAAGCGCACAAAGGCUGGCAAGGUCAAAGGCCGACAGACCGCAUUGCUCGUGACCUGCCGGAAGAUCAACAACGAGGCGCUCCCGGCUCUCUACGGAACCGUCCAGUUCGUCUAUCAGUGGACCAAUUCUCAGUUGCGACGUUCCAUGACACCCCACAAACAGCUCGGAGAGUUCAUCAGGCAGUCUUCGGUGGCCCUCGAUCUCGGCAACGCCCGUCGGAACGCGCUGCUUAUCGAUGAGGUGUGCGCGCUGCUGCAGAAGCAAGGAAACUCGUCGCACACGCCGGGGGUCCAUGUGGUCCGUCUCUUCGGUCUUCACGAUGAGAACGUCCCGGAGGAGCACGAGGUGGAGAUGGUGAAACAACCGGUCGAUCUGAGCGAUGGCAGCAUGGACGCCAAAAUCUGGGCAGCUGUAUUUGAGGAGAUCGGAAGGUACGAAUUGAAGUAG